ACGCAACUCACUGUUUCAGGAGCGCGCUGUAUCCUAACCGGAAGCGGAAGCGCGGCCGCUUUAUAAAGUUUAGUGAAGUUUGGAGAUUCCUGUAGCGCAGCCAGCCACACAGUCAGUGCUCGAUUGGCAGCAGGAGCGUGACAGACCCCGAGCGGACCCUGCUAUGGUGAAGCAAUAUAACGGAGCGAAGGGCUGUGUCCAGGUGCAUCUGCAAAAAAGUUAACCGGUUAUUUCCACCUUGAAAAGGAAAGCAGGUGAAAGCGAGAGUGGAGUGAAGAGAGAUGGCAGCAGUGUCCAUGCAGAACACGGCCCCCAAGAAUCAAAUGCAUCCCUGGAACGUUGCAGUGGAGAAGAGGAAAGCCUGGGCUCGCAGCAGAGAUUCCUGGCAGGCAUCUGGGACAGAAGAUGUGCCUGCGAACAUGGAGAACAAUCCCGGCAAUCUUCCUGAGGAAAAGCUGCCUUUUGCCGAGGAUCCAGGAGGAAUGCCCAAUGAGAAAAUUGCAAUAUGGCUAAAAGACUGCAGGACACCCCUGGGGGCCUCUCUAGAUGAUCAGAGCAAUCCAGCUGUUAAGGGACUGGGAAAGCAUGGUGGAAGCUUUGAAGAUGAUUUGUCUUUGGGAGCAGAAGCUAACCAUCUCCAUCCUGGCUGUAAUCGGAUGGACAGUACUUGUCUUCGUAUGCUGGCCAAGGACAAACGUACACAGUUUCAGCAAAAUGCCAGGACUAUGAACUCGACUGGCUCUGGGAAAAGCAGCACCACGUUGUCCAGUGUCUCUGAAUUAUUGGACCUUUAUGAAGAAGAUCCAGAGGAAAUCCUGUAUAACCUGGGCUUUGGGACAGAUGAGCCUGAUAUUGCUUCCAAAGUCCCCUCUCGUUUUUUUAAUUCAUCCUCGGCUGCCAAAGGGAUCGAUAUAAAGGUGUACUUGGGAGCACAGAUGCAACGCAUGGAGCUCGAGAAUCCAAACUACGCUUUGACAAGUCGAUUUCGACAAAUCGAAGUCCUUACUACUGUGGCCAAUGCCUUUUCUUCUCUUUACUCUCAAGUGUCUGGACUGCCUGUACAGAAAAUUGGCAAUGGAGCAUUGACACCCACCGAGGGCACUGGCAAAGAGGUGCCUCCAUUAAAGAGGAAUGAAUCUGCCAUAAAUGUUGCUAACCGGUUAAAGAAGACUCUUUCUAGACUUAAUCUGCACGCUGGGUCACCUGCAAAUGUCGAGAAAGAGUCUGCAGCCCCGGGAGCGGAGGACCGUUGUGGGAAGGCAGAGGAGAAGAGUGAACCAAAGUUGACCCACAAAUUGUUCAAGAAUAUGGAUUCUCAUUUGCUAGCUACUGUGAAAGAGGAGGUGAGCAGCGCACCAGCUGAGCAGCUUACGGCGGCACCCAUUCCUUCUGAGAAUGGUUACCUUGAACUGAUUGAUUCUUCUGCGAGCGAGAGUAGGAAGAGUCCUAUGGCAGAUGAAUCUGGCCUAAAUGACUGUUCGAUUUCAAGCAAGGACUUGAGCGUAUCGACCAAUGGUGACCUGGAAGCAGGUUGUGUUCUCCCGCUGGCAGUCACCUCCACUCCAGAGAAGGAGCCCACCAUAUGCUUACAGAAUCCUCACAUAGCACAGCUAACAGUACAACACAAAGAUUCCUUUGAAAUGGAAGAGGUUCAGAGCAACGAAGGUGGACCAGCUGCCGGAGGUAAAAAUGAGCACUUGCAGAGGUCUACUAGUCAGCACUCGGAUAGCAGUGGGUUCGCUGAAGACCCCUCAAGUAACCACCUUCAGGUGCAGGAGAGCUCAGACAGUUGUGACAGUGAGACCACAGUCACAUCUCACAUAGAGGACCUCAAGACACCCAUAAUUGUUGACCACCCUGUAUUUAAGGAGCUCCAAGGCAAAGAGACCACUCCAACUUUGCUUCUGGAGGACGGUGAAAUUGCAGAGUUGCAGCCAAAUGAACACGUGUUGGAUGGAGCUGAGCCGGUGAAGGAGUAUGUGCCUCAUGCUGUCCUCGAACCUGCGGAUCCCAUCUUUUCUGUACCCGAAGUUGAGCAGUCUGUUAACCCCGCUUGCGACUCUGAGGAGUUACCUUCUACUACUGAUAAAGUAUUAUCGGCUCUGACCCGAGCUCAGCACAAGGCCUCUUCAGUGUCUGGUGAACCAAUUCCAAGACUUCGAGGUAGGGACUUGUUAAGGGUGAGAGGAGAGCUGGACCCUCUGGGUCGUGACCGGUACCCCUUACGAAGAGCACAGUCUCUCCCUUCCUCUCUACUUAGCCCCGUGCGGGUUGUGUCCUCUGUUAAAAUCAGUUUACGCCCGGGUCGUGAAACCCAGUGCAGCCCCUUAUCUUUUACUUACAAGUUCACCCCAGAGGAAGAAGAGACAGAAGUGGCAGCGGCAGUAGCAGCUGGUGAGGAUGAUAAUGCUUCCACCUGUACAUCCGUCCUCUUCAUCAACUCUGCCCCACAGAAGCAACCGGAGCCCUGCGGGACUGUGCCGUAUCUUGACAGUAGGGCAGAGGAAGCAAGGAGAAGAGUGCACUCUUACCCCAUGAACUUGCCACCUCACCUCUCUCAGUCCACUUUCUCCCUUCAGAGUGUUCCCCCUGACUGGUUAGAAAGACCCCUGGCGGAGCAGAUGAGGACCUGGAGUGCAAGCAGCAUUCCCAACUUGCCCCCUUACAGUUCCUAUGGAUCGCCUUGUUCCUCUUGCCCUUACCCCAGCCAGGCUGCAUUUGUAUAUCCUCCUAGGCCUUGUCAUGCUCCAUCUACAAUCGAAAUGCAGUUGAGGAGGGUCCUGCAUGACAUCAGGAGUGCAGUCCAAAAUCUCUCACAGCAUCAAGUCCCUUGUGGCAGUGAUCCAACAUUAUCAUCAUGUCAACAAAAGUCAAUUCUCCCUUUAUAUGAGAAUACGUUUCAAGAGCUCCAAAUCAUGAGGAAAAGUCUGAAUGUGUUUAGGACUCAGAUGAUGGACCUGGAGUUAUCUAUGAUAAGACAGCAAACAGAGGUCUACCUGCAUCUGACAGAAGAGGAAAGGCAAGAAGCUGAUCAGUUGCAGGGCCUGAGAAAUGCAGUGCGUCAGGAGCUGCAGGAGUUGGAGCUUCAGUUAGAAGACCGGCUGCUGAUGCUGGAGGAGCAGCUCAGGACGUCGCAUCACAGCGCCCUCUACCCUUCACAGCUGGGUCUCUGCGGAACCAGGAGUUUGGACUGUUGCUCCUGCUCUUCACCCAUGAAUGUAAUUCAACCGGUAUCUGAUCUUCUACGUGAGCAACUCUAUCUGAAGUCUGAGCUGGAAUAUGAAGGGUGUAGUACCCCAAAUUCAUUAGUUUCAGAGUUGUCAUCGAGGUCGUCGAGCCCAACGCAUACAAGCAAGGCAGGUCACUGUCAUAAUCCAAAGGUCCAGACCCCGGACGGAGGCCGCUACCGAGCUACCAUGGUCCUUACACCUUCUGUGCCUUCGAGAGCUGGAGUGGAAGAAUACCGUACUCCAGAAGCAUCGGCGUCCAAGCCUUCAGGCCUCCAGCCCAGUGCCAAGGUGACUGCACCGUCCCCUUUGUUGGAUGAAAGGGGCAAGAAAUCGAGUAUCCAGAGUCCAGAGCUGCAGCAAGUCAUUAAGGAGAUUAAGGAAUCCCUUGCAGAUGAAAUUCGACGAGAGAUCGUGAAUGAGCUUCUGGCCGCAGUUUCUCCGAAUAGGUCAGCUGGAGCCGUUCAGGAGAAGCACUGAGUUCCAUGGUGAAAAAGACGACGCGUAGAAGAGGAGUCUCCGAGAACACGGGCCACAUGCGGACCACCCAGGCUUGAGGCGAAUUUGUGUUUUUAAGUAACCAGCCAGGCAUCUGAAGACACUAAUGCUGCUGUAGUGAGCUACUGUUAACAGGUUUUUUAAAAUGUUUAAAUAAUGCAUGAUCAUUAUGAAGCCUUUCACUGAUUUAUAAACUUUUUGUGUGCGUUUUUCUAGCUGUUGGUUUGUGGGGCAAAAACGUGUUAAAAACUUGAAUUUAUCAUUUUUUUUUUUUUUUGCUUUUAAUUUGUAAAAUAAUCCAUGACCGAGUCUCUCGGGUAAAGCUGAAUUUUCAUCUGCCUGGCUUCUGCCAAUAUUGACCUCCAUGAGGUGCUAGCUGUGCAAUAAUAAUUCACUCUGGACUUGAAUUAACAAUUUAACUGCUGAUUUUAUUAUUAUUAUUUUUUAAUUUUGUUUUAUUUUUUUUUUUGACCACUCCACAUACAGAGUUGUUGUAUUAAAACACAAGUGUUUGCUACUGGUGUAAGACUUGGAAAGAGAGCUCUGUUUGCGUGGUUUGCAUUGAGAUGUUCCUGCUGUGCUUUUCCAGUCGUGGGUUUGCCAUUUACGAUUGCGCACCAGAGCCUGGUAACUCACUGGUGUGAGUGGUGGAACCUGAGACCCCAGACUGCACGUGAAUGUCAGGCAGGAUGCAUUGUGGGAUGUGUUUUUUUUUUUUUUGUUUUUUUGCCCACUUUUCUGUGUGCACCAUGACAUUCUGUGAUAAGGCUUUAGACGUCCUGAGUGCUACGGUGGUCAGGCGGUGAGGAGGAGCGAGCGGAUAAUUAAAAUUUGAAAGUUGAGUGCGAGCGAGCCAGCGAUUCCUGAAGAGUGUGUGUGUGUGUGUGUGUGUGUGUGUUUGGUGCUUCUGGAGUGCUAGCCCAGUGGAUGGAGAGAGAUUUGUAUUUGUACGUGGAGCGCAAUGUCAAGGGGCUUGUCUACCUGUGUCAUGUGGGAUUCAAGAGGGAAGAUUUAUAUAUGAAACAAAUUAAUAAAGAUAUAUUUAUUUUGCAUAA